GCAAAUUCUCGUCUCCUUGCGGACAUAACGUGCAACGUGUCUCGGCAAGUUAUGCAACAAGGAUCAGUGACAGACGGGACGCUACUAUCCGCGUGCACGGCGCUAUGCGGCGCGCUGCUCCGCUGCGGGCACUCGUGCGGCGGCUCGUGCUCGGGCUGCCGCCAGGGCCGUCUGCACCAGCCCUGCGCCGCGCGCUGCCACCAGCUCAACAUCUGCGGGCACAGGUGUGAGGAGCCGUGCAACCAGGUGUGCCCGCCCUGCCGCCGUAAGUGCGAGGUCAAGUGCCAGCACUCGCCUUGCUCCAACUUGUGCGGUGCGCCUUGCACUAUGUGCACGGAGACACCGUGCGUCCGUGCGUGCAUGCACGGCGUAUGCACGCGUGCUUGCGGCGCGCCGUGCUCGCGGCCGCCGCGCUCGCAGGCGUGCGCGCUGCGGCUGGCGUGCGGGCACGGCUGCCGCGGGCUGUGCGGGGAGCCCUGCCCGCCCGCCUGCCGCCUCUGCCGCCCCGGGUCCUUCCCCACCGACCUGCUUGGAGACCCAUACGAUGACGACGCCAAGUUAAUUCAGCUACAGGAUUGUCCACACAUUUUUGACGUCGAUACCUUAGACACUUUAAUGAACAGCAAAGACGAAACUGUUCAGCUUAAGGCAUGCCCCUGGUGCCGUCAACCUAUUGUCAAUACAUAUCGGUACAAGGACCUGAUCAAUAAACUAUUGAAGAACGACAUCAAUCCGAUAAAAGCUAAGGUGUAUGGAACGGACGCUGAAAGAAGGGCGAAGAAAAAGGAAAUGCUGCAGAAAGUUACCGAUCUAGUGGUAGCACAUAGUAGAACUUGCAUUGCCAGUAUUGAUUGGAAGCACGCGUUAUAUGCCAUUUUUAAGAUAAUAAAGCAGGCGCAAAAUGACAGAAAGAUAUCACUUCUGCAAUUAGAAAUGAACGAUAUAUACCUGAACUUCCUGGAUACUAUCGGAAAAUACUAUAUGAAGUACAAAGAUGCACAUUUAUCACGACUGGAAACGUCGAUGACAUCUCAGGUGAACCUGCUUUGCAACGUACUCAUUACUAAUUCGCGCAAACUGAGCCAGCAACAACAAUUGGACAUAGAUAAUGAGCUUAAACGUAUGAAUUCGAUGAUCCAAUUAGCUAAGAUAUUGAGCCACGAGAUUUACAAAUCUUCGAAGACUAACGAGACCGUGGUGCGAGCGACUGCCGCUGCAAGAGAGGCCGUUUUGAGUUGGCGCGUGUUUGACGAAAGUAGGGGGGUGGAAUGCUUGAAGAUGCUUGAGAACGCGGUGAAGUUGUCGGGUAUUGCUAGCAGGGAGGAGCGCGCGAUGAUAGUGCGAGCGAUUGGGCUGCGGGCGGGGCACUGGUACAAGUGUCCCAACGGGCAUUUCUACUGCAUCGGCGAGUGCGGCGGCGCCAUGGAGUUGUCCAAGUGCCCGGACUGCGGCGCGGCCAUCGGCGGGCAGCGCCACGCGCUCACAGCAGGCAACCAGCACGCCAGGGAGAUGGACGGCUCGCAGUACGCUGCCUGGUCGGAGCAAGCCAACAAUAUGGCGAACUUCAAUUUUGAUUAGGAUAAGCUUUCAUUGUGUAGGAUUGAAAUGUAUUUACACAUCGUGUGACACAGAAAUAUCGGCAAUAGGCUACUAGACUCAUAAAUUUGGCACAAUAAAUGAUUGUCUUCUGUAAUAUUUGACAAAAGAAACCAAUAUUUAAUGAUUUUGGGUAUUAAAUGUGUACGAUGACUACGUAUUUUUAAUUA